CGCAAUUACGUCAACCGUGUGCAUGUGUAAAGUGUCGUUUGCCCGCUCGUUUCUCGUUUGCAUUCUGGUUCCGCACGUAGUGGUGCCCGCCGUCGCACAUGAAAAUGGUCUGUUCGCCAAGCACGCUCCGUCAGCGCGUUCGCUAAUCUCGAACCGUCAUCGCUGCGACUCGACUUGUCGCCGCGGUAAGUGCGUCGCCCGCGCUCGCUGCGUGCGUCACUACGACAAUAUUUUUCGUCGUAACCGAAAACGUUCAAACAGUCGGUACGUAUCACAUCGCCGCGCGCUUACCGCUUUCAAGGUUACGACGAUCGAAUCGCUGCCGAAGCGCACUUAUUGAUUGUAUCUCAGUGCCGACUGGCCUUCGGCGCGUGCGAAGUGAAAAAGGGCAAAACGUAAACACAACGCCGUGAUGUGCGCGCGAUUAUAUAAGAAUUGAACGAGAUUUAUUCCGCAUCGCAGGCGUGACAAUAUCGAGCCCCCCGUUGAGUGACCAAAAUGACCAUGCAGCAGUAUUGCCUCCGAUGGAACAACCACCAGCCCAACUUCAUCUCAGUGUUCUCGAACCUGCUCAACAGCGAGAGCCUCGUGGAUGUCACUCUCUCGGCGGAUGGCAGGCAUCUGCAGGCUCACAAAUUGGUGCUGUCUGCCUGCAGCUCAUACUUUCAGUCUUUGUUCACUAUGAAUCCAUGCCAGCAUCCCAUAGUGAUCCUUAAAGAUGUGAAGUUCACUGAUUUGAAGGUGAUUAUUGACUUCAUGUAUUAUGGUGAAGUCAAUGUAUCUCAGGAUGAGUUGCCACACAUUUUGAAAACUGCUGAAGCUUUAAAAAUUAAAGGUUUAGCUGAAAUACCUGUGGAAGCAUCUCUAAAACAUCAGAACAACACAACAGAGCGUGCAGAACUACUCACGCCUGCUGAAACAAAUUGGACUGCCGAAAACCAACGGCAAUCUCUCUCACCCUCGCCAUGUCCUCUGUCACCCGCCAGUAAAAGAAAGAGAUUAAGAAAAAUGUCAACUGGUUCAGGCUCCACAGAAAAACACACUAGCGAGGAGCAUUCGUCCAACGAAGUGACAUUAUCGUCGCCUAUUGGUAUGGCUGUAAUCAAACCUGAUCCGGGCUUUGUUAGCAGCAAUCCAAAUACACCUGUAAAAUGCAGCCCAAAGCACAGCCACUCCGGAUCUCAUGAUAGUACAGAAACAGGAUCGCCUCAUCAAAUAAACCUCCAUAUUCCACAAGAUAUACCUGUACAGCAUUCGGUGGAAAACUCAACAAUUGACAUGUCGGGGACAUCAACAACGACCCAAACUGUAACUGACAGGGUGAUAAUAACCACUCAUGCGCAGCUCUCGCAAUCGUCGCAGUACACUAACACGAUGCUGGGCUCAAAGCGUAGUCGAAUUCUUAUGCGGCAAUCACGGAUUAAGAAAGAAGGCGAUAAUCCUGAUGGCGACACCGCGCACUAUUUAUCGGUACCACAUUUGAGGGUGGAGCGCCAGGUGUCCGAUCCUUUUCCGACCUCAGCUUCACCGCCUCCUGGUCCACAUCUUGCCGUGCCAGGAAAUGUGCUAGUUAAACAACAUUCGCAUCCGCUAUUGCCCAGCCAAAUGUCAUUUCAGUCAGCUAGCCCUCCGCCUCCAUUAAUACCGCCUACGCUACAAAUAAUACCACACACACCGAGCGAAGAUGGCGGCACAACAAGUAGCGGGACCACAGAUCAAUCGGAAGUUACGAUUGGCCCCACCUCGUUGCGCGUUAAAUCCGAAGACCUGACACCCACAUCGAUGAAAGUGCGGACAGACGAGCUGAAACGCAGCGUUUCGUCCCCGUCUCAAACGAACACACGCUCUAGUCAUUGUCCUGUUGUUCGUCCGGGUCCUGCUUUGGGCUGCAAUUAUUGCUGGAACACCGUGGACACCCAUGGGCGCAUUUUGCGCCGAAAAACAAAAUACCACUGUCCUGAAUGCCAGACCAAUCUCUGUAUCGUGCCCUGUUUUCAGGAGUACCACGAACGGCACGUGUCGGAUUCCAUAGGCGUGGCACCUCCAACAAUGCGGAUAUUUCCCAAAACGACUUCUAUGUGAGUCACGUAAAGACGCUCUUCAACUUUGUGGACUCGAACAUGACGUUGUCUCAAAUUUUGUUACAACUGGUUUGGUCACUUUCGAUGCGCCAGGUGACAAGAGCGCAUUGCAUGUGGCACAGACCAACAAACUCGAUUUUUGACAUAAAUUUGUAUACAUGCGGCAAUCAUUUUGGUAGCUGAUAGGUACCUGCGCUUACUUUAUUAAGUUGUAAGGAGGUUAUGCUGUUACCAAAUGGUUCCCUAGCGGACUUUGCGCUUGGGAUUCCGCAAGUAAUUUCACCUUUUUAUUGUAACAAAUGUUUUUGGACCAAACCCCUUUUCGAUGUUGCGAUCAAUUGAUGAACAAAAGUACAAACUUUAAAAUUCAAAGUUGAUCAUUCCUACACUUUACAAACAAAGCUUACUAUCAAUGUGGGUUUAUAACGUUAUCUAUACCAUGUAUAGGCGCGGUCUAUCUUAAUUGAGAAGAAAAUUAAUAAGCAACAAGAGCUUAAUCACCUAUCAUACCACAAUUUAAUGUAAGAACUAUAUUUGCUAUCUAACUGCAAUAGCCCAUAACUUAGAUGACAAUUUGUUGGAUGUGAAGUUAAUCGUUGUGCCACUUGGUCUACAACUCGAUAGAUUCGAGUUUACAAGUUGUAAAACCUGCUCAGUUUCCGAUGCUUCAACCUUCAACAGCGGCUUUCUGUGGAUAAUACAAGGAGACGUUGAAAGGCGAAGACAUAAAACACUAUUUUUGUGAUGCACAUACAUAUAUUUUUGAUGAUUAUAAAUUCAACGUCAAGUACUUAACGAGAAAGGGCGUGCAGAUUUUGUAAGUGCUGCUCGCGCGAAGUCGACUAUGCGCUUGAUUUUUUGGUACAGCGGCGCCUAGCGUAAGCAGCAUCUGUUGGUUAUAAAAUUUGCAACUCUUCUUCUUUUAGGUGACGAAAUCAAGAUGCGGACGAGGGCUUUUUACGAAAUGUAAAUAAAUAUAUUGAUGUUA